AUGGACUUUAAUUAUAACCAAGACCCAAAUGCAGUUAAGAAAUAUUCUCUGCAGCGUCGAACUGUUGAUAUAAGUUCCCCAAGCUGUCGAGCCCACCUUUGGAUGCGCCAAGGGCUAGCUACUCCUACAAUUCAAUCAGAAAGUUCGUAUGUAACAAACAUUUUACCACCAAACCACUAUAUUCAUGGUAAUGGCAGAGCUAUUAAUAUAGCGAAUAAAUUUACUCAUUUAAGCUCAAAUAAAGUUAAGCAUGUGAUACCUGCAAUAACCUGGACACCUGAAGGAAGAAGAUUGGUUGUAGCAACAUACAACGGUGAGAUUUCAUUAUGGAAUGGGACAUCGUUUAACUUUGAAAGUAUCAUGCAGGCACAUGAUACUGCAAUUUCUACAAUGGUUUAUUCACAUGCAGGGGACUGGUUAAUUAGUGGUGAUUCUAGCGGUACAAUCAAAAUAUGGCAGCCAAAUUUUAACAUGGUUAAAGAAAUUGAUAAUUCACACACAGAAUGUUUAAGAGAUAUUUCCUUUAGUAAUACAGACUCAAAAUUUGUAACAUGUUCAGACGAUAAUAUUUUAAAAAUUUGGAAUUUCAGUAAUGGUAAACAAGAACGAAUUCUGACAGGUCACCAUUGGGAUGUUAAAAGUUGCGAUUGGCAUCCAGAAAUGGGCUUAAUAGUAUCUGGUUCAAAAGAUAAUUUAGUAAAAUUUUGGGAUCCCAGAUCAGGACAGUGUGUAUCAACUAUUUUAAAUUUUAAACAUACUGUUCUGAGGACUAGAUUUCAACCUACAAGAGGGAAUUAUUUGCUUGGUAUAUCUAAGGAUAAAUCAUGCCGUGUGUUUGAUAUAAGGAACCAUACGAAAGAAUUACUCACAGUUCGUGAUGAGGUGGACUUUAUGACUCUGUCAUGGCACCCAAUAAAUGAAUCAGUUUUUACAUUAGCAAAUUACGAUGGUUCAAUAAAACAUUUUGAUAUAUUAGAAGAUUUAGAGAAACCAAUUCACACAAUACCAUUUGCACACGAAAAAUGUAUUACUGCUAUGUCAUAUAACCCAAUUGGCCACAUCCUAGCAAGUGCAUCAAAAGAUAGAACGAUCAGAUUUUGGACCAGAUCCAAACCAAUUGAUCCAAAUGGAUUCGAUGACCCAACUUAUAAUAAUCAUAAAAUUAAUGGGUGGUUCUAUGGGAUUAACAAUAAUAUAAAUGCUGUUCGAGAAAAAACUGAAUUUGGUGCUGCUCCUCCUCCUGCAGAAGGGGCUGACGCUAUACCUUCAACAAGUACAGCCAACGCAGCUUCAGGUAGUACAGGUGCUACUUCCUCACCUUCAUUUAAUCUUCCUGGGUUAGAUUUGAAAUCAAAUACUUCGUCACUACCUGGUUUAGGUAUAUAA